AUGCGGGGAACCCCCAGAGGACGGAUGGAUCCUUGGCUGUCCCCUGUGGACAGGCGGUUGCUCCUGGUCUUCAGCUUUAUUCUGGCAGCAGCUCUGGGCCAAAUGAAUUUCACGGGACGGCCUUCUAGGAAUUCUUUUCCAUGGCUUCCUCUGCCCCUCCCGUGUUUUUCCAGAGACCAGGUUCUUCGAAUCCUGGCCAAAGAUGAGAAGGAGCUUUCACUUCUCAGGGACCUGGAGGGCCUGAAGCCCCAGAAGGUGGACUUCUGGCGUGUCCCAGCCAGACCCAGCCUCCCCGUGGAUAUGAGAGUUCCUUUCUCUGAACUGAAAGACGUCAAAGCUUAUCUGGAGUCUCAUGGCCUUGCUUACAGCAUCAUGAUAAAGGACAUCCAGGUGCUGCUGGAUGAGGAGAGAGAAGCCAUGGCGAAAUCCCGCCGGCUGGAGCGCAGCACCAGUAGCUUCAGUUUCUCCUCUUACCACACCCUGGAUGAGUUCAGCACUGGAGGUUCUCAGCGCCCAGCCAUCUGGAUUGACACUGGCAUUCACUCCCGGGAAUGGAUCACUCAUGCCACCGGUCUCUGGACUGCCAAGGAGAUUGUCAGUGAAUACGGCAAAGACCACAUCCUGACAGACAUACUGAAAGCCAUGGACAUCUUCAUAGAGCUCGUCACCAACCCUGAUGGGUUUGCUUUUACCCACAGCAUGAACCGCUUGUGGCGGAAGAACAAGUCCACCAGACCUGGAGUCUUCUGCGUUGGCGUGGAUCUCAACAGGAACUGGAAGUCAGGCUUUGGAGGAAAUGGCUCUAACGACAAUCCCUGCUCAGAGACUUACCGUGGGCCCUCCCCUCAGUCGGAGCCAGAAGUGGCCGCCAUUGUGGACUUCAUCUCAACCCAUGGGAACUUCAAGGCUCUGAUCUCCAUCCACAGCUACUCUCAGAUGCUCAUGUACCCUUACGGGCGCUCGCUGGAGCCUGUUCUAAACCAGAUAGAGCUGUACAGUCUUGCCAAGGAUGCAGUGAAGGCCCUGUAUGAGGUCCACGGGAUCAAGUACAUUUUUGGCAGCAUCAGCACCACCCUCUAUGUGGCCAGUGGGAUCACCGUUGACUGGGCCUACGACAAUGGUAUCAAGUAUGCCUUCAGCUUUGAGCUCCGGGACACCGGCCGCUAUGGCUUCCUACUGCCAGCCACGCAGAUCAUCCCCACGGCCCAGGAGACGUGGAUGGCGAUUCGGACCAUCAUGGAACACGUCCUGAAUCACCCCUAUUAGCAAUAGUACUGACGGCAGAGCAGGAGGGGUUCGUUCUCCUCCCCAAGGCCUGGGGCUCCUCCUAAAACCCAAGUUAUGUGUCCCCCUCCCUGAGCCUUUGCCUGGACCCCUUAGAAAAUAAACAUGAGUUUGAAUAGGCUUCUCUA